UUAAAUCGAGGACAAAUCUGGACUAGCGCCCCGCUCGCUCCCAACCUUGUUACCUAGCAAACACCAAGUGGCGGGGCUUAACUUUUUAUCCCUUCACUAUUUUGACCUAUCGUGAAUUGAUCGCCAAAGAACAGAGUUUGAUGGUAAUUUCCUUCUAAAAAGUCUAACUUAGGAUAAAUUUUGGAAGAUUUCGCAGCAUAAAUUCUUCCUGACAGCCUAAGUUUUUCUUUUUAUCUUUUUCCGGUGAUCAUCUGCUCAGUUCCGUUCUUCACCAUCACCCCUCAUUUCUUGAGUACCUAACAUUUCGCACCUCGACUCGACCUAUCAUGGACGACCAAUUCAACGGGCGAACAGAUGACGAUCUGUUUGCCGACGACUUUGAACCCGUUGAAUCCCAAGAACAGGCGCCUAAGGCAGUUCAGAAAAAUGCACCUAUUGUAACCGAGAGCCGUGAGAGUCGUCAGCCUCCUGCAAGUACUCAGGAACCCAUUCCUGCGACCCAGCCUACCUCUAAGCCGCCUGUGCACCGAUCUCUAGCACAAUCGCGACACGCGAAUCCGAAACCCGCGCCAUCUUCGUCGUCGCACCACAACCCGCGACCACGCAAGAACUCGCCGAAGCCCGCAACGAUUAAGCCCGUUGUCACCCCUACCCCUACUACUACUGUCGCCAACCCGCAAAAGCACGAUGUCCCGGAAACAUCACCUAUCGCGGUAUCAAAGGGUAGCAGUGACACGGCCUCGGUAACUAGCAGCAGCGGUGGGAGCAGUAGCAGCAAAAAGGCUCGUGCUAACAAUAAUGGCACCAAGAAAUCGCACGCUGCAAAGCCGGGCCAGAACACCGCGCUAGCAGACCGGCUAGCCUCGGGAGCGAACCCGCGCACCAAGCUCACGGAAUCCGAGCUUGCGGCCAAGAUGGAGCAGAUGCGCAUCCUUAAUGCGGAGAAGACGCGACGCUUCGAACAGGCCGAGCGCGACAGCCGCUCGCAUGCCAUUGCGUACGAGAAGGGCAUGGAAGAGGCGAGACGUCGGCGGGCGGAGGAGGCGGAGCGCCGCCGCAAGGGUGACGAGGAACGCCGUCGCAUGGAUGAGGAACGUGCGGCGAAUCGUGAGCGCAAAUUACGCGCUAUGGGUGGCGGCGCUAACUGGGACGAGGGCAGGGAGAAGGAGGAAGAGAGCGCGCGAAGAGCUGGAUUCCGAGGUGCGAACGGUGGUGUGCGGGGCGCGAAGAGUGGUAUGGCAGGGAGCCGGUUUGCGGAGAGGGAUGGUGAUGUUACCCCGAGAGAAUUCAGCCCUGAUGAUUUCCGGGGACGUGGAAGGGGUGGUCGCGGAAGAGGAGGUUCUUCAAGAGGAGGCGGCCGAGGACGAGGUGGAUCUAACCACGAUGGGGAGAGAGGAGGCAACAGAGGGGGCGCAGCUGCGGCGACACAAAAUGGCAACAAGGCUCAACCGCAAAAAGCGCCCCAAGUCCCACCUACUGCCGAUGACUUCCCGGCGUUGCCAACGCCUAAGAGAACUGAUACAUCGAAGAAAGCAGCAGAACCUGUUGCCUUUCCCAGUCUCUCCCCUGGCGCUAAUUCCCCUCCCAUUGGAAAAUGGGAUGAUGAGAUGGCUGCACUGGAUGAUAAAGCUAAGGCCGGACUUUAGUAUGCGGAUCUUGCUGCCAGUGCGGUCUUGGCCUCUAAAGAUUAGGACAUGCAAUGGGGAGUUCGGUUGUGUUUGAGUUGAGU